UAAAUAUUGACAUGGGCCAUUGUCAACAACUAGUUACCCGACCCCUCUAACUUACUGCCCAUUGGUAGUAGUCCUUUGCUGAUCAUACCCGUGUUAUCCAUGCUUUCCACCCGAACUCGUCCGAUGCACCCCUUGGCGUUUAAUAGCAGGCACAUUCGUAGCUAGGACAGCUAUUGCUUCAACGUCUCCACAAGUGGACAUCGAUGCCCAUUGAACAGCCAUGCCAGGACUCCCCCCAACUGCGCAAGAUUAAGCGCGGACACUCGGGAUGCCGGCCAUGCCGCCGUAGAGGCAAGAAGUGCGAUGAAGCAAAGCCUCACUGCGGAGCCUGCAAAAGGCUGCAUCUGGAUUGCAGCUAUGGUGUUAACUUUACUUUUCGGAGCGUGAACACCAUUCCGGACCAACGAAACUCGGCCGUCCAGCGCACAUCCAAAUCUGUUUCAUCUCCUGGAAAGCUGGUGGACUUUGGAUUGAACUCCCAAGCCAAUCUCGAAUCCAGCUAUCUGACCCAUUUCAUGCAUCAUGUCCGCCCCCUCAUCCCAGCAGUCUCACUGGCCCUAUCCGAGCAAUCCAUUCUUCAAUCGCCCCAUCUCCACGCCGCAAUUCUAUGUCUCUCGGCCUCUAAUCUCUCCAUGCUCAACGCCCAAAUCCAAACUCGUACCUUACCCACCCACUUUCGGAACUCCGUGUUCAGCCCCGUCGCCAACAGACUUCAUCACACCCAAGCUCGGAAAUAUCACGACCAGGCACUUUCGCACUGCCACGGCGCCGAUCUUGCCAGCAAUGACCAAUCCCCAUCCAAAACAGCAUCCAUCCUAACCGCCCAAGUCCUCCUGGCAUACUACCACCACGCCUCAACCUCCCAUCUCCACUUCCGCCACGCAGUAUGGACAACCCUCUACUUUGUGUCUCAGAACCGAGACACACUAUCCAGCUCCCCAGAGGGUCUUGCCGCGCUACAAAUGUGGUACCGUCUCUGCGUUUCCCAUCGUCUUGGAAAACCGCCCGCGUUACUUCUAGAGGGAGAAGGUGAUAGCUCCUUCGGACCGAACCGGUACCCCGAUUCAUUCGAGCAGGUCUAUCUGAACUGCAUCCUGGGCAUGAAUACCGAUGACUUGAUCUAUGAUAUCUUGAUCAAGACCAUCGAGAUCCGGACUCGCGUGGUAGUCUUUCGGGCUGUUGCAGGGCUUAGCGGCGUUUCCGAAGGACACCGAGGGAUCGGCCGGGCUGCCCAUGAUCUUCUGGCCAGGAUACAGGGCCAUAAAGGGUUCGACGAGGCAAGAGCCGAAGCAGAGAAGGGAUACAUGCGAGGAGAACAUCUACUGGGCUUGCUAGACGUGCAACGAGAAAGACUAGCAGUGUGGAAGACCCGACUCCACCCCGACCAACUCCCCGACUCCCCUACAUCUACAUUCCCAACCCACCGAGACACCAUGAACGCUCUCUACUCGCUUCUUUGCGAAAUGAUCCUCACCGAAACCCUCCUCCAAUUCACCCAAAUCCACAAAUCCACCUCCUCACUGACUUACAUCCUCGACGACCUCUGGCCUCGCCUAGAAUCCAAGUCCCGAGGCUACGAACACUCGCAUUACCCCACGCACCUGGUGAAACGGACGAUCGGCCUGAUCGCCGAGUUCUGGGACGCAGGGCGGGAUGUAACCUUUGCGGUGCCUGCGGUGACAGAGGAGGUGGGCAAGAUGACGCUGUUGGAUGUUAAUGAGCCGGUUGAGGUGGUGGUUUGUGGGUGGGGACCGGGACGUGACGGGGAUGGGGGGUGGUUUGUUAAGAAGUGUGCUCUUCCUUAG